CAAAAUGAGAGCAAAAUUAUGGGAUAAUUUUCAUCCAGAAAUUUUCUAUGGGGGGGGCUAACUUAACUGACCCCUCUAUACUUCACCUUUCUCAAUAAAAAUGUAAUUAUAUUCCACCCCUUUUUGUCCAAUUUUCUCCUGGACUAUUAGGAAUAAACCUAAAAAACCUAGUAUAUUUGGAAUCAGGUUUAAAAGGCUAAUUCAAUGGGACAAUAAUAUACGGGGUUUUCCAUUUAAAAAAGUAUAACUUUGCUUCGCCACACUUUUGUGACACACCCAGUAUACUUGUAACUAAGAUCAUUUGAAAACUUUCUGAUAUUACUCACCUACAACUUUCACAUUUCCUACCAUUGAUCCAAUAUAUUUAUCUCAGCUGAAUAAUGUAUACCUAAAAAAAUUCCAAUUUGAGGAUUUAUAGAAAUAAUAUUGAAAUUUAAAUUAAUAAAUCACGAAAAUAUGUAAUGCUUGUUUAAUUAAAAAAAAAAAAAACCCACAUUAUCAAUUUCCGACAAUUAUUAUGACGACAAACAUUUAGAUUUUCAUUUAUUCCCGGCCUGAUAUUAUAAAACACCAGUUAGUUUAUUCAACAAUAGUUUUUCUUUGUUGCUAAAAAUGUCUCGAAAUAAUUGUUCCUACAAUCGAAUAAAUCAAGAUGAUUAUUGUGAAAAUCAGGCUCAAGAUUACCAGGAAAAAAUGGGCAAAAAAUGGGACAAAUUCCUAUUGCUCAUGUGGAAAAACUGGCUGCUCCAAUACAGAAAACCCAUCCAGACAAUAGUGGAAAUCUUGGCUCCAGUGCUAUUCUCGAUUAUUUUAGUGGUGAUUCGAAGUCUGGUAGAUCCAGAGGCCCACGAUGCUGUUGUCUACGAACCCUUUUGCACGGUGCCUUACGCCAACAGAAUAUCUUUUAUUGGUAAUCUUUGUCCAGAUCCAAAUUCAACCACCAUUGCCAGUAGUGCUUACCAAAGUGCCUUCAAGAAGUACAAAAAACUUACUAAUGGGGAUAAUAAUUCUACAAACCCUUUCGAAAAUUUCACUCUUAUAUACUCUCCUGAAAAUGAUUUCAUUAAUCAAACUAUGCAACCUUUUCGGUCAAUCAUGAAACUGAAAGCCUUCAACAGCUCGUCUGAUCUUCAAGCUUAUUAUGCUACUCAUGGUCUUAACAGUACAUUUGCAGGAAUUCAAUUUGAUGAUGAUUUAAUUGAUCGUCAAAAAUUUGGAAAAAAUAUUAAUAUAAGUAUUCGAUUUCCAGGCGAAUUACGUACAGGUGCUGAUAUUUUUGGUCACAAUAACUGGAGAACAAACUUAAUUUAUCCAGUAUUUCAAACUUCUGGACCUAGAACGCCCGAGAGUACUUCAGGCGCAGUACCACAUUACUACCAAGAAGGCUUCCUGGCACUGCAACACAUGCUUUCGAUUUUUAUAAUAUUGCAGCAGAGACGCCUAAACGUUUCGGAACUGGAUGGGUUACUAACGUCAGACUUUAAGCUGCCGUUUAUAAAAAUGAGGCGUUAUCCUUAUGCUGCUUGGCAAGAAGACAUUCUUUUGACUCCAUUGAAAAGUUUCGUCAGCGUUAUUGUUAUGCUGAGUUUUGUCUAUACUUGCAUUAAUACUGUUAAGGCUAUUACGACUGAGAAGGAGAAACAACUUAAGGAAUCGAUGAAAAUCAUGGGCCUACCAAACUGGUUGCACUGGACAGCGUGGUUUUUGAAAUCCUUUAGCUACCUCAUGAUCUCGAUUAUAUUGAUGGUGGUACUACUAAAAGUGCGAUGGUACACUAAUACAGAGUUCACAGUGUUUACGCACGCCAACCCUUUAGUAUUGCUGAUAUUUUUGUUUUUCUACGUUUGCGCCACAAUUACCUUUUGUUUUGCUGUUAGUGUAUUUUUUUCUAAAGCUAACACAGCAUCUACAAUAGCUGGUCUAAUGUGGUUCUUAUCCUACUCGCCUUAUUCCUUCAUGCAACAAAGCUACGACACUUUAUCGCUGAGUAGCAAGCUUAUAUCUUGCUUAGGCUCAAACACUGCCAUGGCUUUCGGAUUUCAAUUGAUUCUAAUGUAUGAAGGUACUGAAGAUGGUAUCCAGUUCAACAAUAUUUGGAAACCAAACACACCGGACGAUGAUUUAUCUUUGGGGAUCAUUAUGGUAAUGUUGCUGGUGGACACUGUUUUCUAUCUUUUGGUGGCUUUGUAUGUUGAAGCGGUAUUUCCCGGCGAAUAUGGUGUUCCGAAGAAAUGGUAUUUUCCUUUUACUAGAGAGUUUUGGUGUGGAACACCCAGAAUUUCAGGUAUUGAGACUUUUGAAGAAGACGAAGCAGCAAACGAAGGAGAAUAUUACGAAGUCGAACCUAAAAAUCUACAAGCCGGCAUCAAAAUAAAGAAUCUCAAUAAAAUCUUUAAUGGAAAAGCAGCAGUAAAAAACUUGUCUUUGAACAUGUACCAAGAUCAAAUCACUGUACUGCUCGGGCACAAUGGAGCUGGUAAAACCACUACCAUGUCAAUGCUGACUGGCAUGUUCACUCCAACAAGUGGAACGGCCAUAGUCAGUGGUUACGAUAUUCGUUCAAAUAUGGAUGGAGUCAGAGACAGCUUAGGCCUUUGCCCUCAACACAACAUCAUAUUCGAUGAUCUUACCGUGGCUGAACACAUUUAUUUCUUCAGCAGAUUAAAAGGCCUUAAAGGUACAGACAUUGACAACGAAAUAACCAAAUAUGUCGAGUUAUUGGAGUUGCAAGACAAACGCAACUCAAAAUCCAGUACGUUAUCAGGAGGCAUGAAAAGAAAACUUUGCGUCGGUAUAGCCUUGUGCGGUAACUCAAAAGUUGUGAUGCUAGAUGAACCAACAGCAGGAAUGGAUCCUUCGGCAAGAAGAGCCUUGUGGGAUUUAAUGCUCAGUCAGAAAACUGACAGAACUGUUUUACUAUCGACUCAUUUUAUGGAUGAGGCUGAUUUACUUGGAGAUCGGAUUGCUAUAAUGGCUGGAGGCGAGCUUCAAUGUUGCGGCAGUAGCUUUUUCCUCAAGAAAAAAUAUGGCGCAGGUUACCAUUUGAUUAUGGACAAAUCAGGACAAUGCGAUCCUAAACAAGUUACAAAUCUUUUGAGAAAACACAUUCCAAACAUUGAAGUUCAAAGCAAUAUAGGAUCUGAACUAACAUAUCUCCUAGCCGAAAGCCAGUCAUACAUUUUCGAACAAAUGUUGAGGGAUUUGGAACAACACAGCCUGGAACUGGGAGUCAAUAGUUAUGGAAUUUCUUUGACAACUUUAGAAGAAGUUUUUAUGCAAGUUGGAGCUGAUCAUGGUCAACAAAAAACCUCAAAUGGCAAACAAGAAUUGAACGGCAACAUUCCAAUAUCCACAAAAAUCCCUUUGCAAUCAGUUACCUCUAUGGAAUUUCUCUGGAAUCAAAUUGCAGCAAUGUCUUUGAAGAAAGUAUUAAGCAGUAUGCGUUCUUGGAUAUUACUACUGAUCCAAAUAAUAAUGCCAAUAAUUUUUUUGGUGAUUGCUAUUGUUGUGGGCAGGCAACAAAUCAAAUCUGGCGAAUUGCCUCUGAUGCCUUUGGAUUUGAGUAAAUAUUCUGAUCCAGUUUUGCUUCUAGAAGAUACAAUAAAUGCUACUGAGUAUGCGAGUAUUUAUAAAAGCGUAGCUGGAAGGGGUUGUAGGAAAGUUGAUUCUAUUGAAAAAACUAUUUUGAGUUUGACUGCUAAGACUCCGGUGACGGUGAGGAGGAAGUAUUUAGGAGGCGCCUCGUUUUCGGAACCUCCAGAAUUAGUAGAAGUAGAGAAUGUUUUUGACGUCACUUUGACUACUUAUUUUAAUAACGACCCGUACCAUACGCCGGCUGUAGCUUUGGGUGUAGCUUUGAACACCAUGUAUCGAAAAUUGAUGCCUAAUUGUACCGAUUGCAGUAUCGUUUUUAAUAAUUAUCCGAUGCCUUUCAGUGAUCAAACAAAGGUGAACCAAUUGGCGACAGGCAACAACAUGGGAUUCCAGAUCGCCUUCAACAUAUGCUUCAGCAUGGCCUUCGUGUCCUCGUUCUACGUGAUGUUCAUAGUGAGAGAAAAAGUCAGCAAAUCGAAACAUCUUCAAUUCGUCUCGGGAGUAAAAGUGGUCGUUUUCUGGCUGACCACUUUCUUUUGGGACUUUGUCACUUACAUAAUCACCGUAGUGGCUUUGCUGAUUGCUUUGGUGUGUUUCCAGGAAAAUGGAUUUAAAACUUUCAGCGAUUUAGGGAGGCUAUUGUUGAUUUUGAUCUAUUUUGGCUGGUCUAUGUUUCCGAUGAUCUACAUUUCAGGAUUUUUAUUCGAUAUACCUUCGACUGGCUACACAAGAAUGACGCUGUUUAGUAUAUUUACAGGAUGCGUGGCCUUUCUUAUUGUACAAAUACUUCAAACACCAACUUUGGAUUUGGAAUAUGUUGGUAACGCUUUGCACUGGGUGUUUUUGACGGUACCGCAUUACUCGUUGGGUACCGGUAUCCGUGACUCAUACACUUUGUUUUAUUACAACGAUUUGUGCAAUUCUUAUUACAAAUUGUGCAGGCAACAGCAUCCUAAUUUCACCAAAGAGGAAUGUUUGGAAAUUUUUCCUGCUGUGAGUCCUUAUUGUAAAGGGCUUGAUGAUAACUAUUUCAAAUGGGAAUCGCCAGGAAUUGGCAGGAAUUUAGUAUUUUCCUUUAUAACAGGAUUUGUCCUGCUAGUUUCCUUAUUAAUAACAGAAUUUAAAUUGUUUUCUAAAAUCACUUACAAAAUCAGGCAAAAAUAUUCGCCCAAAUACCCUGUGGACGUGCCUGAUGAAGACUCUGACGUCCAAGCUGAAAAAAACAAAAUCCGCGAUACUCCUCAUGAAGAAUUAAUCAGCAAUUACACAAUGGUCCUUAAAGAUUUGACUAAAUACUACAAAAACUUUGUCGCCGUUAACGGCUUGUGUUUAGGCGUCAAAACCCACGAAUGCUUUGGCUUGUUGGGCAUUAACGGUGCCGGUAAGACUUCCACCUUUAAAAUGCUUACCGGCGACGUUAAAGUAUCGCAUGGAGAUGCUUGGGUUAACGGCAACAGCAUCAAAAAUCAAAUGAAGCAAGUGCAAAAAUCUAUAGGAUAUUGUCCUCAGUUUGAUGCACUUUUAGAUGAUUUAACUGCCAGAGAAACUUUGCUGAUGUUCUCCUUGCUACGAGGCAUUCCUUUUGGCCAAUGCAAAAAGGUUGCGGAACAAUUGGCAACUGAUUUCGAUUAUACCAGACAUUUGGAUAAAAGAGUCAAAGAACUUAGCGGUGGCAAUAAAAGGAAGUUGAGUACUUCGAUUGCCUUAAUCGGAGAUCCACCUGUAGUUUAUUUGGAUGAGCCAACAACUGGUAUGGAUGUUGCAACAAAACGUUAUCUCUGGAAUGCGCUUUGUCAAGUCCGAGACAGCGGCAAAACGAUAGUUUUAACCUCGCACAGCAUGGAAGAAUGCGAAGCUCUCUGCACCCGUUUGGCUGUAAUGGUAAACGGCAAUUUCAAAUGCUUAGGGUCGACGCAGCACCUCAAAAACAAAUUCGCCGAAGGCUACACGUUGACGAUCAAAAUUAAAAGAGUUGAAGGUUCGCACUUGCCCACUGAACCCGUCGAGGCUUUUGUGCGUCAGCAAUUUGUCGGCGCUUCUUUAAGGGAGAAGCAUGACGAGUUGCUGACUUUUUAUAUUACGGACAAAAGUAUGCCGUGGUCGAGAAUGUUCGGGAUUUUGGAGGAGGCCAAAAAAAGACAGGAUUUGAACAUCGAGGAUUAUUCUUUGGGGCAGAGUAGUUUGGAACAAGUGUUUCUUACUUUUACAAAGUUGCAAUAUCAAACGGCAUCUUCUUAACCUAUUAGGUCUUUAUUAAAUUAAUUUUUAGCAGUAUUAGCUUUUAAUAAUUGAUUGUGAUACGUUAAUAGUUGAAAUAAAAUAUUCCUAAGUCUAAAGCACUAUUAUAUAUGUUUGUUGUUGAAUGCAUUUUUAUAUUUUAUUUAUGACUUGAUAUUAAAUAUAAUGUAUAUUUUUGUGUACAAAUAUUAGU